AUGACGCCGAAUAACCACAUUCUCUCGUGGAGCGGAGAGGAGGAGGACACGAGGGAACGAGCGUGUAACGGAGAAGAAGAAGAAGAAGAAGAAGAGAGGCGAGCCGCCGCAGAUGCGCGUACACGCACACCAGAACACCGCGAUGCCCUCCCGGUGCGUCUGGCAGAAUGGCUGGUCCACGUCCGAGUUACGAUAUCGUCGUCUGCGGCGGCUGCGGUUACGCUAGGGCGUGUUGCGCAAGCACCGUCAUCGCGGGUAGGGGCUCUAACUGCGCCACGUUCGAAGUGCAGGAUGUCUGACGCGUCGGAAGCGACGCUGAAAAUUCCGGAAUGUCAAUGGACAAUAACGAUUACCAUGUCCGCGCAACACGGAGACCUCAUUGAGGCGGGCACCACUGUACACGUGGCGCCUCAUUCAUGAAUUCCAAGUACAACCGCAAAUUGGAUUCGCCGGUUACACCGCCCUGCCAGAGGCCUGUAAUUGCACGCGCUCGGUCCCCCCGGUGCAUACGCCAGGCGUCGAGAUCGCCGUACCGUCUUCUUCCUCUCGACAAACUAUCGAAAUGCAGUUCAGUCGAUACAACGUACGAUCAGACCCGAAUUAUACAGUCGAGUGUUUUAACGACGAAAUAAAACAAUUGUCGAGAAUU